AUGCUUACCUUGUCCGCCUAUCUAGCAAUCAGCUACCCAAUCCUAGGCGCAUUACUAUACCUUGUGCAGAGGUACUAUCUCCAAACGUCGCGGCAGCUCCGAUUACUAGACCUAGAGGCCAAAGGUCCCCUCUACACGCAUUUCCUCGAUACACUUAAAGGAAUCGCCACUCUUAGGGCGUUCGUGUUUAUCUCAGAGGAUAUACAGAAGAACGACCGUUUAAUUGAUUCCAGUCAACGCGCCGCGUAUCUCCUCCCCAUGGUCCAGGAAUGGCUCAGUCUGGUCCUUAAUCUUAUCGUUAUGGUCAUUGCGGCCGUCAUGACUACUCUUGCUGUUCAUUUGCAAUCUAGCUCGGCCUUCGCCGGUGCAUCGAUGUACUCGCUUAUGUCUUUUUGGGAGAGUCUCUCAGGUAUUGUAGUCUACUACACUAGGCUGGAGACCUCUAUCGGUGCGAUUGCUAGACUGAAAGCGUUCAACGACACGGUCACACCUGAGGGUCGUGAAGGGCCAGGGGAGGAAGACAUUAUCCCGGAUGAGAGCUGGCCGGAUCGUGGGCUAGUCGAGUUGCGCGGCGUAUCUGCCCGUUACAAGUCCACUGCCGUGCCUCAGUCUGAAUCUGAGUCUGACGUCGAAUCUGGCCCCGAGACUAACUCUUCUCUGGCGCUAAAUAACAUUCAUCUAACCAUCCAACCCGGAGAAAAGAUCGCCAUCUGUGGCCGCACCGGCAGCGGCAAAUCCAGCCUUCUCGCUCUCCUGCUUAAAAUCCUCGAUCCCCUCUCCUCGUCAACCGAUUGCAAUGACCAAGAACCACCAAUCCUGAUUGAUAACAUCCCCUGCACCGCAUCCACCGGGCGACUCUCCGCCAACGCGUCAUCGCUGUACCCCAGGACGCCGUCUUCCUCCCCGACGGCACUUCCUUCUGCACGAACCUCGACCCGACGAAUACCGCUACCCCCGAGGAAUGCCAGAAAGUCCUCCAAGCAGUCCGACUAUGGCCUUCCGUUCAAGAACGAGAUGGUCUGCAUGCCCCAGUCACGAUGGGGACAUUCAGUGCCGGUCAGAAGCAGCUCUUCUCGUUGGGAUGUGCAGUACUCCGUGCCAUGA